AAUUUGGCAGGCGCACAUCAAAUAUAACAAGCUGCAUGCGCAUCAUCAUUUUAUUUUCCAUAGCGGUCCCGGUUCUAUUACACUAAAAAAACAAGGUGGAGUAUGGUACUAUUAUAUUAAAAAAGAGAUACCUUAAAUCUUUUAACCUUGUUGUCAUAACAUCACUGCAACACCGGUGUCACUUCACGCCAAAACUAGUGGCCAUGGGACUAUUAGUUCACAUCUUUGUUGCAAUUGUCGCUUUAAACCUUGUUGGACGAGCCGCUCUGCAGACGAAUCAAUCAGUUCUUGAUCAAUUUCCGGAGUUUAAUAGUUUGAAACAAAACUGUGAGAAUUUGAAAAGGAGUUAUCAGACUAUUCAGUCUGAUCUAGCAACAGUCAAAUCGAAGCUUCAAAGUUUUUCAGCUCCGCGACCAGCCUUCUUAGCAAUAUGGACAGCAGAUAUAGUUACGUUAAGGAGUAAUGACAUAAUCAAAUUUAAUCAUAUUGUCAUAAACGUAGGCAAUGGUUAUAGUCCCGGAACAGGAAAAUUCAAGGCCCCAAAACAAGGAACUUACUUUUUUGGAGGUACAAUAGUGUCUGCUCCCUCUGAUCCACUAAGUAUGAUGCUGAUGAAAAGUGGAACAGCUAUAAUGGUUCCCUAUGCAACCGGAACACAAGGGGAUAGUUACACAUUUACCGCCGUCCUGCAAUUGAAUGCUGGAGAUACCGUUUAUGUCCAGAACGAUAAUAAACCGGAUAAGGCGUAUGGCCGUUACCAUUCAACAUUCUCUGGAUUCAUGAUAUAAAAACUUGAAAUCUGAUCCGUCUGUUCAUUAUAUACUGGGAUUUUGAAAUGCAAUAUAUUAUGCUUAUUUUCUCCAGCAGCCAUUUAUAAUUUUAGUCAGUGAGCAGUUAUUGAAAGUAAAUUUCCAGAUAAACUGAUAUGAUAAACUGUCAAAUACCUGAUAACAGAAAUAUCAAAUAGCCACAUGCACAUCAGAAAACAGAUAUGCCAAACUGCCAAACUAGAUGAAAGAAAACAAACUGUCAUUUUCCAUAAAAAAAGAAAUUACAAACUGUUACACGGCGCCUUAAAAUAAACUGAACACACCUGGAUACAUAUUGCUUCGCUUCGCUUGCUUAUUAAUUAACAAAUAAAUAUCUUAUUCUUAAA